AUGAAAACCAAAGUCCGGUUCGAUGGUCUGGAUGUGGCUGCCAUGGUGGCCCAAUGGAACCGUGUGGCCUUGGGACGUCGUGUGAUUAAUAUUUACGAUGGUCCGAACGGAGAUACCUACUUGUUCAAAUUGGACAAGAGUUCCAAUGCUCAAACCAAUACGGCGCAAGGUGACAACAACAACAGCAACAACAACAACGGAAACAGUUCCAACAAUAACAACAACAACAACAACAACAACCAAUCUUCCAAUCUCAUUUUGCUCAUGGAAUCCGGUAUUCGCUUCCAUUCCACACGACAACCGGUGGACACGCCUGGAAUGCCAUCGCCCUUUUGUUCCAAACUGCGCAAGCAUUUGCGAGGCUUGCGAUUGGAGCAGGUGCAACAGCUGGGAAACUACGACCGUGUGGUCCAUUUAGUCUUUGGAAGUGGUGAUCAACAGCGUCAUUCCUUGUUGCUGGAAUUGUACUCCAAGGGUAACAUUAUUUUGACCAAUGCGUCGUUUACCAUUUUGUCCCUGCUGCGAUCCCACGAAUACGAAGACAAAAGUGGUGGUGGUGGUGGUGGUGAUAAUGCUACUGCUGCUGCUGGUGCUGGUGAUAGUGAUACCGUGAACAACAACAAAAACAACAAAAAUGGUAGUCAACAAGUCAAGGUGAAAGUGGGACACGCGUAUCCAGUCACGUAUGCUACCACCAUGAAUGCCAUUCAGAGUGAAACGGGCGAGGAAUCCAAAGAAGCGGAUGUCACAACCACAACCUUUUUGGAUGCCCCCAAUCCAAUGGAAUGGUACCAAGCCUAUAGUGAAGAUCAACAAAAGAAGGAACAGGAGCAAGAACAACAGCCACAGACUAAUAAUAAUAAUAAUGGUGGCAAGGGAAAGAAGAACAAGAAAAAGAACAAGGGAGGAGCAGGAAAUGGACACGAUUGGAAACAACUCUUGUCCAAAUCCGUCUCGGGUGUUUCGCAUUAUGGACCAUCACUCAUUGAUCACUGUCUUCUUUGGUUGGCUUCUCUCCAUCAAAUUGGUGAUCACAAUAGCCAAACAGAAGGAAAUAAGCCCAAACAGCCAAGCGAACUGAAUGAGGAAGAAUGGAAACUGGUCCAAUCGGUGCUCAAAGAAAAGGGAGAUGAAGUAUUGAACAGCUUGAAUGGAGUCGAUUCGAAGGGAUACAUCUUUUACAAACCAAAAGAUAAGAACAAGAAUGAUUCCAAUGCUGCUGAUGACUCGUCCACAAACAAAGCUGCCGCAAGUCCCAAUGCACCGACUUCCUCAUUUGACGGCAAGUUGAUUUUGGAGUUUCAACCACACAUUUUGAAGCAACAUCAACCAGACGCAAGCACUACUACAAUGAAACAUAUGGAAUAUGAUUCUUUUGACCAGGCCGUCGAUGCAUUCUUCUCGCACAUUGAAGGGCAAAAGCGAAUGAUGGGUGCCGAACGACAGCAAGCCCAGGCUCAGCAAAAGUUGGAAAGGAUCCGUCAAGAUCAGAAACAACGUGUUCAAGCUUUGGAAAUGCAACAGGAAUCACUCAAGGAACAAGCGCAGUUGGUGGAGUUUCAUGCCGACAUGGUGGAAAAGGCGAUUCAAGUUGUAAACUCGGCUCUGGACAGCGGAAUGGACUGGGACCAAUUGGAAGAUUUGGUACAAAUUGAAAAGGUUCAGAAUCAAAAUCCUGUUGCCAUGCUCAUUCACAAACUUCAGCUGGAACAAGAUGCCAUGGUGCUGAGAUUGGCCCGAGAAGGUGUCAUGUACGAAGCGGCUGGGGACGACGACGACGACGACGGCAAUGACGAUCAAAAAGAUGCUAAGACAUUGGACGUGACUGUCUCUCUCAAGGAAACGGCACAUGCCAACGCUAGUGCACUUUUUGCAAAGUAUCGAGCCAGCAAGGAGAAAUCACAAAAGACUAUAGAGGCUAGUGCCAAAGCACUGGAAGCAGCCGAAGAAAAUGCCCAGCGACAACUUCUUGAGGCACAGACUCGGAAAAAGACACUUUCACACAACAUGGCGGUCAAGCGAAAACCGCUUUGGUUCGAAAAGUUCAAUUGGUUCAUCACUUCUGACAACUAUCUAGUCAUUGGUGGACGGGAUGCCCAACAGAACGAGCAAAUUGUCAAGCGCUACUUGCGUCCAGGAGAUGCCUACCUUCAUGCCGACGUUCACGGAGCAGCCUCUUGUGUCUUGAGGGCCAAACGAAAGCGGCAGACCAAUGGGAAAACGACACCGUUGUCACUCUCGGAUCAGGCGCUGCGGGAAGCUGGGAACUUUACGAUUUGUCGGUCAUCAGCGUGGAGUUCGCGCAUGGUGACAUCGGCUUGGUGGGUCGAGUCUCAUCAAGUCAGCAAGACGGCUCCCUCUGGAGAAUACUUGACAGUUGGUUCGUUUAUGAUUCGUGGCAAGAAGACCUUCUUGCCGCCCACGCAAUUGGAAAUGGGAUUAGGGGUUCUGUUUCGGCUGGGUGAUGAUGAUGCGAUUGCCAGACACAAAAAUGAGCGACGAGACUUUGCAUUGAUGCAAAUGGAUGACCAGGAUGACUUGGAUCUUGAAAUUCCACUUUCAACGGAGAAGCCAGUCCAAGCGCCAACGGCGAAGCAGGAAGCAGUGAAAAAGGAGCCCCCGGCCUUUGUUGAGGAAAAGAAGACGGAGAAGCCUGACGACGGCGUCAACGACGAAGUUGACACGGUGUCGCCACCAAUGGCAACAGCCGCUGUGGAUGAAGCCAACAAGUCAGAAGAUUCAGGAAAAGAAGAGCCAGUAUCUGACGAUGAAGAAAAAGAAAGAGACGAGGAUGCCACCGAAACCCAGGAACCUGCACCUACAACAGCUCCGCCGCAACAAGCAAAACCCAAGAAGGGUUUGUCUGUCAAAGAGCGGAAACUAAUCCGCAAAUAUGGAUCCUUGGAAGCUGCGAAAGCGGCUGAGGAAGAGCGUGAAAAAGCACAGGCUGCCAAGAAGGCUGCUGCAACAACUCCAGCGGAGCAAAAGGCAAAGACCAAUGGUCAGACAGAGCACAAGAGAGGGAAAAAGGCGAAAUUGAAGCGCAUGGCAAAAAAAUAUGCCGAUCAAGAUGAGGAGGACCGUGAACUCGCCAUGCUUGCUCUUCACGCCGGAGAGAAAAUCAAAUCAAAUGACCAAAAAAAGGCUCCCGAAAUCAAUGAAACUGAGAAAGAAGCUGCCGCACAGACUGUGGCAAUUCUGAAGAAGGAUUCAUACAGCAUUGCACAAAAAUUGCCCGAAGAAGUCCAGGGCUAUCUAUCCAAAUGUGUCACCGUUACAAAUGGAGACGAAACAACUGUUCGUUGGGAUAAGUUUGAUGGCGAUGUCUUGGAGCAACUGGAAUCAUUUGACCUCUUGGAAGAGAAAGUUGCAGCAGCCCAGCGACUGCUAAAUCUUAAGGAAUCCACAAGAAUAGACAAUUUUUCAGCCAGUCUUGCCGGAAUCAUACGGACAAUCAAGAAAUAUGGACAUGAAGGCCUUGGGAAACAGGAAGUAUCUGAUGAUGGUAAGCGAAAGACCAAAGCCGAGAAAGAAGCUGAAAGCAAGUCGUGGAAGCAGACUCUGGCCGAGGAAGGUAUUGUUGAGGAUGAAUCGGAAGAGGAUGUUGUUGACGACACAGUCGAGCUGAAUAAGCUGACAGGCAAGCCACAUCCUGAUGACCUCAUUCUAUUUGCAGUUCCGGUUUGCGCACCCUACCAAACCCUUUCAAAGUAUGGAUAUCGCGUCAAGUUGACGCCUGGAAAUAUGAAACGUGGAAGAGCUUCGAAACAAUGCAUAGACGUUUUCUUGAAGGAAGGACAGGAGUCUGCAGUAGUAGACCGAAGUAAAGAUCUGAUACGGAAAGUUGGCGAUAGUGAAUGGGUUUCCGCAAUCUGUGGGGAUGUCAAGAUUUCAGCAGCUGGUGCUAGCAAGGCGAUGAAAAACCAAAAGAUGAAGAACAAAGGAAAAGGAAAGAAAUAG